GCGGGCGGAGGCGGCGGCGCUGCGCUCUGCAGCGGCCGAGCCGAGCGCGCAGCGGAGCCGAGCGGCGCCGCGGCCCCGGAGCGGAGCCGCCGCCGCCGCCGCUGCCAGGCGUUUCCCGAGCUCGGCGGGCGCUUCCCGGCGGGCGGCCGCGCUGCGCGGGGCCAUGGGAGACAAAGGCACCCGGGUGUUCAAGAAAGCGAGUCCCAACGGGAAGCUCACCGUCUACCUGGGCAAGCGGGAUUUCGUCGAUCACAUCGACGUGGUGGAUCCCGUGGACGGCGUCGUGCUGGUGGAUCCCGAGUACCUGAAGGAGAGGAAAGUGUUCGUGAUGCUGACCUGCGCUUUCCGCUACGGCCGCGAGGACCUGGACGUGCUGGGGCUCACCUUCCGCAAGGACCUCUUCGUGGCCAACGCGCAGGCCUUCCCCCCGGUCCCCGAGGAGAAGAAGCCCCUGACGCGGCUGCAGGAGCGGCUCAUCAAGAAGCUGGGCGAGCACGCCUACCCCUUCACCUUCGAGAUCCCCCCGAACCUGCCCUGCUCCGUGACGCUGCAGCCGGGCCCGGAGGACACGGGGAAGGCCUGCGGUGUGGACUAUGAGGUCAAAGCGUUCUGCGCCGAGAACCUGGAGGAGAAAAUCCACAAGAGGAACUCGGUGCGCCUGGUGAUCCGCAAAGUGCAGUACGCCCCGGAGCGGCCCGGCCCCCAGCCCAUGGCUGAGACCACCCGGCAGUUCCUCAUGUCGGACAAGCCGCUGCAUCUCGAGGCGUCCCUGGACAAGGAGAUCUAUUACCACGGGGAGCCCAUCAGCGUGAACGUCCACGUCACCAACAACACCAACAAGACGGUCAAGAAGAUCAAAAUCUCAGUGCGCCAGUACGCCGACAUCUGCCUCUUCAACACCGCCCAGUACAAGUGCCCCGUGGCUGUGGAGGACGCCGAUGACGUGGUGGCCCCGAGCUCGACGUUCUGCAAGGUCUACACGCUGACGCCCUUCCUCGCCAACAACCGGGAGAAGCGCGGGCUGGCGCUCGACGGCAAGCUCAAGCACGAGGACACCAACCUGGCCUCCAGCACGCUGUUAAGAGACGGCGCCAACAAGGAGAUCCUGGGUAUCAUCGUCUCCUACAAAGUGAAGGUGAAGCUGGUGGUGUCGCGAGGAGGGCUGCUGGGAGACCUCGCCUCCAGCGACGUGGCGGUGGAGCUGCCCUUCACGCUGAUGCACCCCAAGCCCAAGGAGGAGCCGGUGCACCGGGACGUUCCAGAGAACGAAGCGCCCAUAGAUACCAAUCUCAUAGAGCUUGACACAAACGACGACGACAUCGUCUUCGAAGACUUCGCCCGGCAGCGGCUCAAGGGCAUGAAGGACGACAAGGAGGAAGAGGAGGAGCGCGCAAACUCCCCGCAGCUCAACGACAGAUAAGCGGGCCCCCCGCGCCGGCUCGCUGCAGCAACACCCGCGCAUUAGGCUGCUUCUCUUUUGUAUGAUUAUUAAUUUUGUUUUCUACCUGUACCGGGAGCCUAUGGAUCACCCGAUCGCGACAGCAACUAUAACCGUCCAGCUGUGCCGUGUUGUCCCUCUCCAUCCAGCUGCUGUUUCCCGUGCAGGUCUGUGGGCGCAUCCCGAGGGGUGCUGGAGCCGGGGGGGCUGCCGGUGCUCUGCACCGCGGGGAGGUGGCAGCGCCGGGUGGUUCCCGGGCACGGCCCCAGCACCGGGGGCCGGAGGAGCAGGACGGGUGGGCAUCACCCUCCGGCUCUCACCCCUGGGUGCAGCUAGCUCCGUCCUCCCCGUCCAGGACACGCCAAGCUGAGCCCCCUGGUAUUUUUGGGUAAACCUGACUGGGCAGCGUGGUACCUUUUCUUUUUUUCUUCUUUUUUUUUCUUUUUUUUUUUGUAAAAAGUGGUUACUUUGUACUGUUCAUCCAUACUUGCUUCUUUGGUUUCUCCACCGUAUCUGUGACGUUUCUGUGUUCUGUCAAAUAAAUUAUUCUAGUUUAUUAAACUCAGAAAAGAAACCGUA